CAUGGCAACGUGGGCUUUGCCUCUCUCCGCCUCCUCGGGCCUGCAGACCGGAAGCAGUCCGCGCUGGGGGCUUCUGGGAAGCGGCUCGUGAGCGGCGUUUCUGCGUCUGUCUGGGACAGCGAAGCUGCUGCCUCCUGAGCCAGAGGAAUACCUAUAACGAACAAAAACGGGGUAUUUCCCUGAGGCUUUCAUUCUGCGUUGUCUUUUCCUGAAGUAUAAAUCAGGAUGUCUGCACAGUCAGUGGAAGAAGAUUCAAUACUUAUCAUCCCAACUCCAGAUGAAGGGGAAAAAAUACUGAGGGUGAAGUUGGAGGAGGAUCCUGAUGGUGAAGAGGGAUCAAGUAUCCCAUGGAGCCAUCUCCCUGACCCAGAAGUUUUCCGACAGCGAUUCAGGCAGUUUGGAUACCAGGAUUCACCAGGGCCCCGUGAGGCAGUGAGCCAGCUUCGAGAACUUUGCCGUCUGUGGCUUAGGCCAGAGACACACACAAAGGAACAAAUCUUAGAGCUGGUAGUGCUGGAACAGUUUGUUGCCAUUCUACCUAAGGAGUUGCAGACUUGGGUCCGAGAGCAUCAUCCAGAAAAUGGAGAGGAAGCAGUAACAGUGCUGGAAGAUUUGGAGAGUGAACUGGAUGACCCUGGACAGCCAGUUUCUCUCCCUCGACGGAAACGAGAAGUGCUAGUAGAAGAGAUUGUAUCUCAAGAAGAAGCUCAGGGAUUACCAAGCUCUGAGCUUGAUGCCGUGGAGAAUCAGCUGAAAUGGGCAUCCUGGGAGCUCCAUUCCCUACGGCACUGUGAUGAUGAUGCUAGGACUGAAAAUGGAGCACUAGCUCCAAAGCAAGAGAUUGCUUCGUCAGUAGAAUCUCCUGAAGCUCCUGGGACUCUCAACAUAGGUGUUCCUCAAAUUUUUAAAUAUGGAGAAACCUGUUUCCCAAAGGGCAGGUUUGAAAGAAAGAGAAAUCCCUCUCGAAAGAAACAACAUAUAUGUGAUGAAUGUGGAAAACACUUCAGUCAAGGUUCAGCCCUUAUUCUUCAUCAAAGAAUCCACAGUGGGGAAAAACCUUAUGGAUGUGUCGAGUGUGGGAAAGCAUUCAGUAGAAGUUCCAUCCUUGUACAACACCAGAGAGUACAUACUGGAGAAAAACCUUACAAAUGUCUUGAAUGUGGGAAAGCUUUUAGCCAGAAUUCUGGGCUUAUUAAUCAUCAGAGAAUCCAUACUGGGGAGAAACCUUAUGAAUGCGUUCAGUGUGGGAAAUCCUAUAGUCAAAGCUCAAAUCUUUUUAGACAUCAAAGAAGACAUAAUGCAGAAAAACUUCUGAAUGUUGUGAAAGUUUAAGAAAUUACAAAAAAAAAAUCAGCUCUCAGGUCUUUCUUCAGAAAUGAAGACAAAAUUUAAAACAUGAAGUGAUACACAAUAGUUUUUUCCCUGUUGACUGUCAGAAAAUCUACUGGGAAAUACAAAAAAGUCUUUACUCACCAUAAUUAUAUUAUCUUGAAAGAAAUGGUGUUAUACCUGCCUAGGAACUAAAUAAUUCAGGUAUUAAUGCCUAAAUUUUCAAUGUGAUGUUUAUAUUUUGUUUUCCAACUAAUGAACUGCUUGGUUCUUUGUUCCUUUCUUAAAAGUUUCCUUUUUCAGACAGACAACUUAUUUCUGUGUUGAUCAUUGAAAUGUUCUAUGUAAGGAUACAUUCCCUUCUUUAACAAGACAACAUAGGAAUUUUGCAGUCUGGAAACCAUCUUAAACCAUUUUAAACUAUCUUUUAAAAACUUACUGUUCUGUUUCCUUUUACCUUGUUUAAAUAUACAUUUCAGAAAAUAGAAGCUAAAGGAUGGCCAAAAGCAUCAAAAUAAAAUGAGCCUUAAGAUUUCUGAUAAGUUUUGGUGAUAAAACUUCAAAAAGAGAACAUCUAAUUGGGAAAGAUACACAAAUACUUUGACGUAAGCACUGGAGUGUAUCAGUUUAAGUAGUCACUGCCUACAGAAAAACUAAAAAACUAAUUUUAUAAAAGUGUUUUCCCAUGUGUCAUUGAAAAGUAGUUUAAACAAGUAACUAUAAAGCUGAAUGCAGAAAUUAGGACAUUAAGAAUUUUCAGCAAAUGGCAGUAUUGAAAAACAAAUGUAAACAGAAGGUAAUGGUCUGUUUUAGCUUUUAGAAGAGAUUCACAGAUUAAUGCAUUGUUAUUUUACCUUUAUCUUUGUUGCAGACAGAAUAUUCCCUGACAGGUAGGCAACAAUUAUCAGGUUUGCUUUUCUUUCUUUUCUGGUUCAGAAGGAUUGAAUACCAGGCUAAAAACAGUCAUGCAUUUAUUAAACAUUUUCUACUGACAAGGCACUGUGCUAGGUACUGUAAUCCUACCAUAAGUGAGUAGGUUUUUCUUCCACUGUAAAUCAUAGGAGGUUUGGUACAAAGCUGUUAUAUGCAGUUAGCCUCUUUUCCCUGUCAACAUUCCCAGAGGAGGUCACCACCAAGAUUGCCAGAGCCAUAGUCUUCUCACCAGGGUGUUGUAUUUGGAGGGAAAAGAAAACUCAGCUCAAAGAGCUAAGCUGGCUCUCCAGCUUUCUUCAGAGGUGAGUCCAAGAUAAACUUUUUCACAGUAUAGCAGUUUGAGUCUUUUUUUAAAAAAAAAGCAAAAUGAACAAUCUAGUAGUAUUGAGGUUGAACCUACAUGUGAGCUUGAAUGGACUGUUCCACUUUAAAAAUAACUAGGUUAUUAACAGCUAGUUUAUUAACUAUCAGAAUUGAUUGAACUAUUUUUUAACUUUCAGUCUUAACACAUUUUAAAAAUGUAUUAAAGUAAUAUGUUGUAGUAGUAGGAUUGUAUACUCCUUGGCUGAGAAUCCCACGUACUGUGGUUCUACUGUUAAGUGGAAAACUUGGGAAGUUAAACAUUGAGUAUAAGGAAGAGCUUUUUAAAAAUGGGCAUCACAGUAUGGAAGAUGAACCAUGCAAAUAAAAACAUUUAGUAGUUCCAGAUAUUUGGGUUAUAUCUGGUGCUUGAUUUUAAAACAGAAGGUGAGAUUUGCAUGAGCCUAUUAAAAAGCAUAGUAGUCCUGGGCCAGCUGGUGGAGGAGGAGGCAGAGUGGAGUUUGUUUAUAGAUCUUCUGAUAACAGUUAUAAGAAAUGUGCUUUAUAGAUUAAGAUUUAUUGAAGUAUAAAUAUGUAGUAAUGAUAUAAUGUAUUUUAAGUUAUACAAGAAAAUGUAGGGACUUUUGUUUGGGUCUUUUUCUCUUUUGUGGCUAAGAGGAAACCAGUCAAUGCCCAAUAAAGCUAUAAACUACUCUGCUCUUAAGGUAAAAUGAUCUUGGGGUGAUUGAUUUAUUUAUUUAUAACUUGCUUCUUUCCAAGUAGGUUUUGAGAUGGAAUAUUUGGAGGACUGCUGGGACAACAGAAUUCUUGUAUCAGAGUAGUUAAGAAGAGUGUGAAUCUCACAUGCUGGAAAUUUUAUGCUUUUAAAUAUCUUAUAUUGCCCAUAUACAAGGAAAUUUCCCUGUGGUAGAUUUGUCAUAGAUGCCAAAGAUACUUGGUACUGUGAGAGCAGAGAAAAAGUAGCGUUAGAGUUGGUAAACACAUUUUUGUCUCACCAGCUCUGACAUCUGCAUUGUUCAGAAAGGAUUCUAAGGCUAAGGCAAGGCUUUGUGGGGAAAGAGGACUGGGUCAAAAAUAACGAUGGUGAUACACAGGGAAAGGAAGUGAUGUGUACUCACCAUCACCAGUUAGGCGUACGUUUCUACUAGACAAGUUGGUUCAAAGUAACUGCUUAGCAAAUUAUAUCAUCCACACAUCAAUACCCACACAGAUAAAAACUGUAAUUUGUGGGGAAACCUAGCUUCUGAUGAAGUGAUGUGCCAGUUGCCAAGCAGUGGCCUAACCAGGACUCUGGUUAGUAAAUGAGAUCUGUGUUAGGAUGUGCAGACUGCUGGUGACUUACUCAGUAGCCACUGAGCAUUUGUUAGUUGCUGUUAAAUUUUCUUCUGGUUUUCUGGGAGGUUAUGCUCUUCACAUUGACGCUUACUUGACAUUUAAUCAUUUAGCAUUGUGUCUUUUGUUUGGAGGGGAAGGUUACAUGUUUUGAAAUAUGUUUCAUGCUAAUCAUUGAAUUAGUCACUACACCUAUCCACCUGUAUUUGUAGACUAGGAAAUCAAGAUUCAAAAACCUGCAUGUGGCCAAUAAGAGCUAAAAUUCAAAUCUAGUUUUUGGACUCCAGAGACAUACUUUUUCACUAUGCUGAGUAAUAUCUGUUAGGUCAUAGUUGAUAAAUACUACAUUUAUAUGUCCUAUGGUUAGCAUGCUCAUCUGAAUUUAAACAUGCUUAUUUGAAUUUUUUAUAGUACAGAAAUGUAAAAUGAAAAAGACAUUCCCUUCCAUAACCUUACCCAGAAGUGAUGGUAGUGUCAUUUGUUCUUCCAGAUUUAGGGAUAUACAUGUUUAAGAAAAAAAAAUUAAUAGCGACACUAGGGUUGCUGUGUACAGGCACCAGUUGAAGUGCUUUACCAUGGAAUAAUUCUUAAUCCUUGGCAACAAUAUGAGGUAGGUACAUACGUCAUUUUAUAGGUACUGUGCUAAAACUUGCCUCCCCUCCUCUCCCAUUGGUCAAUAUACUAAUUUAUUUAACCAACCCCAUUUUGACAGAUUAUUGAGUUCUUUAUAGAUACAGAUAUAGUUAACAUCCAAGUACAUAUAUUUGGCUACUUAUGUGGGUGUUUCUCUACUAUAAAUAGCUAGAAAUGGAUUUAUUGAUUAGACAAUGUGCAUUUGACAUUUUUGAGAAAUACCAUAAAAAAGAUUGUACCAGUUUAUAUCUCCACUGAUAGUAAAAAUGCCUGCUUACCUACAGUCCCACCAACACUGCAUCCUUAAAAAGUUUUGCUCAUUUGAUAGGCAAAAUGUGUUUUAACACGGGACUGGGGAUUUAGCUCAGUGGCAUAAGCACCUGCCUUGCAAGCAGGUGGUUGUGAGUUCAAUCCCCCGUACCAAUAAAAAAAAAAGUGUUUUAUCUCUUUGUUGUGCCUUUCUUUGAUUAAUAGGAAUAUUUUUUCAUGUUUAUUAGCCAGUUUCAUUUCCUUUGUGAAUUGCUUUUAUCCAUUUUUAAUUAUGAAAGUAUAAAUGACCGCCUUCUCAUUAUGUAAAAUGUAAUUGAUACUCAAGUGUAAGAAUCAAGACCAUUUUUCCAGGGCUUCCAAUCACAUUCCACUUUCCACUGUUAGUAUAUAUCCCUCCACUACCCUUUCCAUACAUUUUCAUAUGAAUAGACAUAGCUAUAAACGCUAUUUUUGCAUAAAUAGGGUCAUAUAUAGGAAUUAAUUUUUGUCUCAAAGAUAAUGAAGUCUUUAAAUUUCUCUAAUGGUUGAAUGAGAUUAAAUAGUAUGAAGAUAACAUUAUUUAUUCCCCAUUUUUCUUGUGCUGUUUAAUAUUGCCAAAGUAAACAUCUUGUUCAGAUGUCUUUGUGCAUAUGAGUGUAUGUUUCUUUAGGUUGGAGUCCUAUAACAUGGGUUGUUGAGUUGAAAGGUUUGUCAUCUUGACCUACGUUAGCCUUCAAAAUAUUUUCAUAUCUUCUGUAUUUUCACCAACUGUAUGGAAAGUGCUCAUUUCCCCAUAUAGCCUUACCUAUACUUGACAGUCCAUCUGUUGGGCAAAAGAGAGAAUCCUAACUUGUUUUGCAUUGCCCUGAUAAGUAGUGAAGUUGGGUUAUAUUCACAUUUAUUGGUCGUUUAUAGUUUUCACAUUGAUUGUAUCUUUUACUUACUUUUCUAUUGGGUUGUGUGGAUAUUUGUUGCUUUUGUUUGUUCAUCAUCUCUUUCCCCAUUUUCUGAUAACAAAACCCUUAUUUAUUGUGGUAAAUCCAUUCCAUGUGGCUUAGGUGAGCACAUAAAUGGCUUGGCCUCCUGAGUCCUAUAGCUCCCUAGCCAUACAAAGAAUGGACAUGUAACUUAAGCCAGGCUACCAAGGAGAGCCCUCAAAGAACUGCUGGAACUACUGGAAACAGCGUUUUAUGGAGAUCCCAGGAAGUAAGGAUGAUGUAAGCCUGAACUUGUACCACAUGGAGAAAACCUGUCUGUGGAGAAAUUUGGAGGCUAGCAGAAAUGGAAAGAGAACUGAGUUCUGAUACCAUUUUCCUGGAGGCCCUUGAUCCAGCUGUGCCUAAAGCCUGCCCUACCUCCGGACUUUAAAGUUCUGUGAGCCAAUAAAGUCCCUUUCUUGUUUUAAGAUAAUUGGAUUUGGUUUCUGUCCUGAUUAAUAUAGGUUAUUUGUAUUUUCUUAUUGAUUUGUAGAAACCUUUGUAAUUUUAAAUUCUAAACUUAUACUUCAUCCGCUGUAUGUUAAUAAAACUGGCAUGGCCUUCCAUGA